AUGGCAGAAGGCUCAGUACCCAGUCCCCGUCUCGACAUCCCCCCUAAGAGGGCCAAAGUCACCAAGGACCAGGUGGUUCCAGACAAGAUGGCUUCAACGCAGGAACCCACGCCACCAGUUUUCAACCGUAAACUCCGCAAGGCAGCAGUAGGAACGGGCUGUGAUAUCCGUCUGAGGGUGUCAAUAGCAGGAUUUCCAAAACCUUCACUGGCUUGGUACCACAAUGAGAAGCUCCUUCCUCCAUCUGAAGCCCAGGACUCAGGGGGCCUUUGGAUACGUGACUGCCACACCAGUGAUGCUGGCUUGUAUACCUGCGUGGCUACCAAUGAGUCAGGAGAGGCGAGCUGCAGUGCCGUCUUGGCUGUCAUGGACCUCGGAGAAGACUCUGAGACCACAGAGGAUGAGACCACAGAACCCCAGAUGGAAACCAAAGAGGGGCCCGGGAGGCACCAAGAUAAGGCUGGCCGGAGAGGACCUUCAGGUGAGGGAGGCAGGAUGAUGGACUAUAACCCAGAUGCUUCAGAUCGCAGGGCCACCCUCCCAGGCGCCUAUGAUCCUGUCGUGGAGCGAGAGCUCCGGGCUUUGGGCUCACGCCCUCCAGGGCCUCAUUUGGACCCAACAAAUCCAGCCAGGACUCAAACUGCUGACGAAUCAAAGGGGCUCUCCUCCCGCGUCCCUUUGCAACUUUCCAGUACACACAAAACCACCAUAAGUACCCUAAACCAAGACCUUGAUAAAAAACCUUCAGAUGCCCAUAUCCAGUCCUCUACGACAGAGCAGGCAUCUAGUGUUAACAAUGUUGUCAUGACACCCAAAAUGGCUCGUGCAGGGCCCAAGAUCUCUGACAAGGUCCGGGCUUUUGAGGAGCGAAGAUCGAGCGUGGACCUGCCUGGAGCAUCUGUUUCAGGAUUGGGACGGGCAGCUUCCUGCGAAUCCGAUGACAGUGGGAAGAAGGCAGUCGGCCCAGGCAAAGAGGAGGGUCGCGUCCAACAUGACGCUGCCCAGAAGCGAUCAGCGUUCAAGCAACGGGCCUCCUCAUGGGAGGACAAAACAAGCUACUCCCAGAGGGUCCAGAGCUACCAGAGCAAGUUCACAGAAGAGCUCCAGAGGAUCAAGAAGCUCGUUGGGAAACCGACCUUGAAGAAGGCAUAUUCCACUGAGCAGCUGCCACAGAAAGACAGGCUGACCACAAGGAAGCUAGAACCCAUCCCUCCCCAAGUGGUUAAAAAGUUGGAGGCAAGGGAGCAGGCUCUGGAGGGAAUGAAAGUUGGAGAGAGGGAAGGGGAGAGCAGAUUGCAGGUUUUUCAGCAGGCCAGAGGCAAUGAUCUGGGGAAUCAAAGCAACAACCUUGAAAGGGAUAAGAUGACACAGCCAGAUUCACAGGGGAAACCAGUGGAUAGCUCAUCACAAGGAAGCACAGGGAAAAUCUCUGUUACCAUGGAGACGGCACCAGUUCAACAGUUACCAGGGCAACCAUUGCCAACAGCCACAAGGACAAGACUCACCAGGGAAACCCCACAAAGCUCUCGGACAGCUGACAAAGACGUUCUUGUUGCCACGUCACAACAACCCUCAUCCUCUCCCAGAGACCAGGGAACAGAUGCAAAGAGGGACACCAAAAUGGAAAACAAAGCCGACCACAGAUCACCCAGCCCGACAGUGAUGAGAGUGUUCCCAGUAACAGCAAGGGAACCAGGCCUCCAGUGUCCACCCAAACCACCUCGGCUCGCGCCAUCACCCACCCCUUCCAUCAGCCCUCUCCUGAAAAGGAGGAAGGCGGAGGUGGGGCGAACGUCUCCUGCCUUGAAAAUGACCAUUCCCACUGUCCUGGUGGAGGAUGAACCCAUGGAGACAGAAUGUGCUGCAGACAGGAGCAAUGAGAGAAACAAGAGCAAGAGGAAGGAGGGGAGAGGUCGCAAGAGCAAGAAAGGCCGGUCUGCUCAACCCAGGUCACCAGAUGAAGAGAUGACCCACAUUCAAUGUGGGAAACCAGCCGGGUCGUUGGAAGUCAGUGGUCCCAUCCAGUCCGAUGAGGAGUACCUGAGUCCUCAGGAGGAGGCGAUGGAGGUCGGGGAAUUGCCUGUUCUGACUAAAAGUGUCCGCUUUAAAGAGCCUCCCUUUUUUCAGGUGGCACCAUGUGACCAGGGGGUAACUGAGGGUCAAGAUGUUGUCAUCUCGGUGAAAGUCAGAGGGCAGCCCAAACCUAUGGUUUACUGGUUGAAGGACAGAGUCACAGUAAAGACGGCGGGGCGCUUUGCUUUGCGAGGGACAGACGAUGGCACCAGUGAAAUGAGAAUCAGCUCAGCUCAGAGGUCGGAUGCCGGGCUGUACGUCUGCAAGAUCAUCAACGAGUAUGGAACAAAGCAGGCGGAGUGCAGAGUGGAGGUCAGAGCUGCAGGACGAACAGCACUGAAAAUCACCAUCGAGGUGACAGAUGUGGUGGUGAGGGCCGGAGAGUCAGCCAUGUUCGAGUGUCACAUUACAGGACCCCCAGAUGUCGAUGUGGACUGGUUGUCCAAUGGGAAGCUGAUCCAGCCGGCGCUGCUCAACUGCAAAAUGCACUUUGAUGGCAAGAGGUGCCGUCUCCUGCUGAAUUCAGUACACGAGGAUGAUAGUGGGACAUACACUUGCAAGCUGAGCACUGCCAAAGAGGAGUUGACCUCAAGUGCGAACCUUCAGGUCACUCCAUCCAGAGAGCCUCUGUUCACCCGCAAACUAGACAUCCUGGAGGUCAUCGAAGGCCGCACCGCCCGUUUUGACUGCAAAGUGAGCGGAACACCUCCUCUUCGAGUCACCUGGAUGCAUUUUGAGACACGAGUGGAGGAAAGCGAUAAUGUUCACAUCCUCAAAGAAGGGGGUCGUCACUCACUUGUCAUCAGCCACGUUAGCAGCGACACCGAGGGCUUCUACACCGCCGUCGCUCAAAACGUUCACGGGAAGUCUGAAUGCACCGCUGAGCUCUACAUGCAAGAACCCCGAGCUGCCAUCUCCUCGCCCAUGGCCAAGUUGGAGAAGAUGCCCUCCAUCCCGGAGGAGCCUGAAGAGAGUGAAGUGGAGAGGAGGACCAUGCCAGAUUUUGUCAAACCUCUGGCUGAUGUGGAAGUGAAUGAAGGCAAAGAAGUGGUGUUGAAAUGCAAGGUGGCGGGCCUGCCUUACCCAACCAUCGCCUGGUACCACAAAGGCAAGCCUAUUGAGAGCAGCGAAGAACGCAAAAUGACCCAGCACAGGGAUGUCCACAAUCUGGUCAUUCGGAGUGCUUGUCACGCUCACGGGGGCGUCUACAAGGCCGUGAUCGCCAACAAAGUGGGCAAAGCUGCCUGCUAUGCACACCUAUAUGUCACAGAUAUUGUUCCUGAUCCACCUGAUGGUCCUCCGGUGAUAGAGGCCAUUACAGGGAAAACUAUUAGCCUCAGCUGGAAGAAACCAAAAAAGCUUGAUUCUUCACUUGACACUGGCUCCUUGCUGUAUGUGGUUCAGCAGCAGCCUCUCGGAUCUAUCCAGUGGUCUGUCGUGGCGACAAACCUGAGGGAAGCUAACUACACCAUCACCUCCCUGUCCAAAGGAGUCCGCUACGCUUUCAGAGUCCUGACGUCUACUGGCAAGACAUUAAGCAAACCAUCACCUUCCACUGACCUGGUCCAGCUCCUGGAUAGAGGACCCUAUUUGAGGAAAGCACCCAUCAUCACAGACAAACCUGACAUUGUCUACGUGGUUGAGAACCAACCUGCGAGCAUCACCAUCACACUGAACCAUGUGCAUGCAGUUGUCACCUGGAAAAGGAGGGGAGUGGUAUUAGUCAACAGACCGGGGAUGUAUGAGAUGAGCAUGCCUGACGAUGAUCAACAUACCCUAAAGCUUCAGAGGGUCAGGACCACAGACAUCGGACAGCUGGUGGUUACCGCUAGCAACCAGUUUGGCAGCGACCUCUGCACGCUUCAGCUCGCUAUGGCAGUGCCUCCUAAGUUUGAAACCAUCAUGGAGGAUGUGGAUGUGCAUGUUGGGGAGAUGUCCAGUCUGGCUGUUGUGGUUGAAGGGAAACCAGACACGGACAUUCUGUGGUAUAAGGAUGACGCGCUUCUAUCUGAGAGCAGUCACUUCACAUUUGUAUACGACGACCCGGAAUAUUCUCUCGUGGUCCUCAACGCCCAGCCCGGACACUCUGGCGUGUACACCUGCACUGCAAAGAACCUGGCCGGCUCCAACUCCUGCAAGGCUGAGCUCACUGUUCACACAGAACGAAAAGAAGCAGAGGAACCAAUGGAAGACGAGGGAACCAUUCUGAGGAAAAUGAGGCGUUUGACGGAUUACUAUGAUAUCCACAAAGAGAUAGGAAGGGGGGCCUUCUCCUAUGUGAAGAGGGUGACUCAGAAGAAGGGCAAGACCGAGUUCGCUGCCAAGUUCAUUUCAGCACGAGGAAAGAGGAAAGCGUUGGCCCUGAGAGAGAUGGACCUGCUGUCUGAGCUGGAUAACGAGAGGAUUCUAUAUUUCCACGAUGCCUUUGAGAAGAAGACCGUGGUGGUGCUCAUAACAGAGUUAUGUCAUGAGGAGAUGCUGGAAAGAAUGGCCAAAAAAACAACAGUCAUGGAAUUGGAGAUCCGCUCUAGUGUUCAGCAGGUGUUGGAGGGUCUUCGUUAUCUUCACGAGAAAAACAUUGCCCACCUUGACAUAAAGCCAGAAAACAUUUUAAUGUCAAGUCCUGGCAGUGACCAGAUUCGCAUAUGCGACUUUGGGAAUGCCGUCAAAUUGGAGUCGUCCGAGGAGCACUACUGCAAAUACGGCACGCCAGAAUAUGUUGCACCAGAGAUUGUUAACCAAACUCCGGUCUCCACGGCAACAGACAUAUGGUCUAUUGGUGUCAUCACUUAUCUCUGCCUGACAGGUGUGUCUCCCUUUGCUGGUGAAAAUGACAGAGCCUCUGCAUUAAACAUUCGGAACUACAAUGUGGCGUUUGAGGAGAGCAUGUUUGCUGACCUCUGCAAAGAAGCAAAGGGAUUUGUCAUCAAGCUUUUGGUGGUGGACAGACUGAGGCCCAGUGCUGUUGAGUGCCUUCGUCAUCCUUGGUUCAAGUCACCAACAAAUAAGAGCAUCAGCACAGCAAUGCUAAAGCAAGUUUUGUCGAGAAGGCGAUGGCAGCGUUCCCUUAUCAGCUACAAAUCCAAGAUGGUGAUGCGGUCCAUCCCAGAACUCCUGAAUGACUCAUCCAGCCACGUCUCCGUUGCUGUGGCCCGGCAUUUAAAAGAAGGCUCCCCACCUCCCUCCUCUUCCUCGGAUUCAGAUGCAGAUGUAGAUGAGCUUCCUUUCAUUCCUAUGCCACUGUCUAUGGUCUUCUCUGGUUCUAGGGUCUCCCUUAAUGAGAUCCCAGGGGACGAAGAUGUCAGUGCAUGGCCUGGUGUUGCUGCUGGCGGGACGAGUAGAAAGGACAACAUGGAGGUUGCAGGCACGAGAGGAGGAGUUAGUAAAAGAGGAGAUGAUGAUAAAACUGUGAAUGAGGAGAAUAUGGAAACCACAAGACGAGCUCCCCUUAAAAAAGGAUCAAGUGUGGAGUCAGACGAGUCACAGACAAAAGCAAGGAGGGCUACCAUGAGGAGAGGCAGCUCUGCUGAUUCAGCACUGCUUCUCCACAUUGACCCAGAAGAGGGAAAUGCCGAUAAUGGUUCAGAAGCAAGUAACAAGAGCCUGAAAAAGGCUGUUUCUAUGGAACUACCCAAUCGAAGCCCAAGCCCAGGGGUAGCAACGUUAAGCCAGGAGGAUUAUGCUCUAAAACUGGAGCUGAUGAGACAGCGGCUGCUCAGGGGAGGGAGUGUGGAUAAGAAGAUGAGCGGCCUGCGAGGGCCCUUGUUUGAAACACUCGGCAUGGAUGAUGAGAGGCGGACGGGGUCUCUUGAUCGCAAUUUGAGGAGAUCCAGAGUGGGGCCAUCAACACUCACAAGAGCAGCGUCUUCUGAGAGUCCUGGAGAGGACACACCAAAGACCAAAGUUUUUCGGAAAAGCGCCUCCUUCACUCAGGAGGAUUCUGAGCCCAUGCCCCUGCACCGCAGGUUUGGAGCCCCCUUAGAAAUCCCAUCAGUGAGCAAUGGUAGUAUAGAAGGGAAGAAGCUUAAGGAGGCAGUCUCAAUGUCUGCACUAACAGAACAAACAACACUGGAGUCUACAUCUGCCUCACCCACAGAGCACACUUCCUUUAUUCUCCCAACUCCAGGAAGAGCGGACCAACAGAAAAAACAGAGCAAUGUGAAAAAACAUGAGGAUAUGCAAAGUAUGAAUGAGAAGAACAUAGAGGGGAAAAGAGAGAAAAGGACCAACAACAAAGUAGAAUCUGAAUCUAGAUCACCUGCUGUAAUUACUCCUAUAAUUGUAAUAGAGGAAGAUGAUGAUGAAGAGGAGAAGAGAAAUCAGGAGUUACAUCUUAAUGAGGAGAAUGUGAAAGGAGACAGGAAAGCAUCACAAAAUAAGCCCACAGACAGCCCCUUGUUACCUGAACAUCCAGCAGUAUUUGCUAAAGUAGCAACCUCUGACCGAACUCCUGGUUCUCCUUCCACAUCAUCAAACCCUGACCUCCCUGCCAUGCCUCGACAGCCUGUGCUCAGAACAGACAUCAAAGACAUCGAUUCAGAAGAGGUCUUUGAAGCCAGGUUUAAGAAGCGUGAAUCUUCUUUGACCCGUGGCCUCCGAAAACUGACCAGAAACAAAUCAGAGGAGAAAUCACCUGUGCUAAGCCGGAAGAUGGCCGAGGGUGGCGAAGAGAUUUACAGGCCAGGUGCAAGAGGAGCACCUCUUGAAAUGGUAUCAAAAGGACUGCAGGAGAAAUCUAAAUCUGUUCAAGACUUGAGGGGUGAAACAGAAAAAGAGCAAGGCCUUGGAUUUAUUGGGAGGUUGUCCUUGCGGACCAAGAGAUCAACAUCCGUUGAUAAAAAGGUGGAUAAACCAAAGGAGGAAAAGCAGCAGGAUGUGCAGCAACCUGCAGUGACUAAGAGGGUUUCUUGGGCUAUUGGUCGCAGCAAGUCUCUGGAUACAAAGGAGUUGAGCAGUGCAGAGGCACAGAGGCAGUUGGAUGAGAGAGAGCAAAAGAAAGCUGAAGAAUCAUCUGUUUCUGCUAUGAGGCGCAAGUUUGAGUCCAAAGUGGCAGGAAUCUCUGCCAAAAUAAGGACCCACUCAGAGGAGAGGAAGGAUAAAGAUGCUGAGGGAAGUCAGAAAGAAUUGGUGCAAAAGGAUUUGAGGAAGGUCACAGAUUCCCCCGUCUUGGCAAUGCGACAGAAGUUUGAGAACAAAGUGUCAGGAAUAACCACAAAACUCCGCAGUCAGUCUGAGGAGAGAAAAGGGGAAGCCGAGGAAAAGAGGACGCCCCUGUUUACCCGCCACCGUCAUUCCCAAUCGGAGGGCCGUGGACUGAAAGGAAUGGGCAUCCCCGAAAAUCAGCUCGCGAAGCAGACAGGCACUGGUACAUCAAAGGAAUCAAUUGAAUCCACUUCUAGCAUGCAUUCCGAAAAAGCCCCAGAGAGCGACAGGCGAUCACGGUGGGACAGGUGGGGUUUGACAAGGAGCAAGAAAGAUAAACCUUCCUCCCAGUCCGACCUCCCUACAUCUGUCCCCAAAGAGGAGGGUCUAUCAAACUCUCAGAAGCACCUACGCACUGUUUCGGAUUUUGCCCCCGUGUUCCACAUCAAACUGAAAGACCACAUCCUGCUGGAGGGAGAUCCAGUCACUCUGAGUUGCCUCCCAGCUGGCAGUCCACAUCCAGAAAUUUCAUGGAUGAAAGAUCGUAAACCACUGGAGGCAGAUGACAGAAUCAACCUGAUCUCCCCUGCAGAUGGAAGGCAGCUUCUUAUUAUCAAAAAGUCUAGCCGAAAGGACACUGGAGUUUAUGAAUGUGUAGCCACCAACACCAUCGCUACCAUCACCACCUCCUGUACACUGUCUAUAGCUUGUGUUCCAAAAAGGCCAGGGACCCCUGAAGUCCCUCAGACUUACAACAACACAGCCCUGGUGCUCUGGAAACCAGCAGACACUAAACCACCAUGCAGUUACACCCUGGAAAGAAAGACAGAGGGAGAUAUUAAGUGGAUCACUGUGGCUACUGGAGUGGUCGACUGCUACUACAACACCACCGACCUGCUACCAGGUGCCACCUUUAGGUUCCGUGUGUCCUGCGUCAACAAGGCCGGACAGGGGCCGUACAGCAACAUCUCUGCUCCAGUCAGGUUGGAUCCAGGAGCUGGAGCAGCUUCACCAACUGUGGCUGUAGUAAGAACAGUCCCACCUCCUCAACCAAACAACGCUCCCAGGAUAACAGUCUCCACCAUCACCCCCACCUCUAUAUCUCCAAAAGGUGUAACCUCACCUGUUGCUUUCUCUCAUCCAACUGCUUCACCGUCGUCUGCUGUUCCCUCCACCCCUGCAAUCAACCCCUCAUCACCAUCUGCAGCCACGACACCUGAGGAGGCCCAAAAAAUAAGCUCCAGCCUUCCAUCGUCACCCACAGUCAAAGGGGCCCCACCCUUCGUCCUGCCGAAACCCCAGAGUCCAGUGAAUGUGGUGUCACCUAUGGCCCAGACCCCAAUCAUAGCACCACCAACCACUCUUGUAACCCCGCCUUCAACCCCCACCAAACCAGCAGUGGCCUCUGUGCCCUCUUAUGUCCCCACCACUGCUCGUGUGACCCCCACUGCCAUCUCCUUUUCCCCUCAAGUGCUCCAAGCAUCCAGCCUGAGCCCCUUCGGUGAAGGGGUCAGUACUCCCACCAGAGGAACCCCAUCAGGACGUGCUACACCCUCCACUGCCCUACGCCAAGGGGUUCCACAAAAACCCUACACCUUCCUAGAUGAGAAAGCCAGGGGUCGUUUUGGAGUCAUUCGCGAGUGCAGGGAGAACACGACGGGUAAAAUCUACAUCGCAAAGAUCGUUCCCCACAACCAGGAGAACAAGCAGGAAGUUCUGAAGGAGUAUGAGAUCCUGAAAUCGCUUCAUAAUGAAAAGGUCAUGGCUCUGCACGAGGCCUAUGUCACACCACGCUACCUGGUACUGGUGGCAGAGUACUGCAGCGGCAAAGAGCUGCUGCACAGCCUCAUAGACAGGUUCCGUUACUCCGAGGACGACGUGGUGGGUUACCUUGUUCAGAUCCUUCAGGGACUCGAGUAUAUCCACAGCCGCCGUAUCCUCCACCUGGACCUCAAGCCUGAAAACAUCAUGGUGACCAACCUCAACGCCAUCAAGAUCGUGGACUUUGGGAGUGCUCAGAGCUUCAACCCUCUCAGCCUCAAACACCAGGAUUUAGGAUUAGGAACAUUGGAGUAUAUGGCUCCUGAGAUGGUGAAAGGUGAGGUAGUGGGUCCUCCUGCAGAUAUUUGGACUAUUGGAGUCGUCACCUACGUCAUGCUUAGUGGUCGGCUGCCCUUUGAAGAUAAAGACCUCCAACGUGUCGAGUCCAAGAUCCUGAUGGCAAAGUUUGACCCGACAAAACUGUACCCAAAUGUGUCACAAAGUGCCUCCGCCUUUGUAAAGAAGAUGCUGAGCAGUUACCCUUGGGCCCGUCCGACUACCCGGGACUGCUUUGUGCAAGCGUGGCUGCAGGACUCCUACCUGAUGAAGCUAAGGAGGCAGACUCUCACCUUCACCACCAACCGACUCAAAGAGUUCCUAGUGGAACAACAGUGCCGUCGCAGUGACGACGCCACCAAGCACAAGGUGAUGCUGCGCACCUACAAUAGCUCACCCCAGUCCCCGACGUCUGGGACUAAACCGCAUUUUCCCAGCCCAAAGUGAAAUAAACGGGGACAGUGUUUGUUUCAGUUUGAAAUGCAGCAUCAGACACAGGUUUGAAGAGUUGGA